CUUCCGUGCAUAUUUGUCUUGUGUAAUUUUUAUGAAAAAUGUGUAUUUGAUUUUCUUAAAUUAGCGUAGACGUUUGUUUAUUCAGUUUAUAGAUGUCAAUGACUUUUGAGGUGACCUUUUGUGUGCGAGCCGAGACAGACACAGGGGAUAAUGUGUGUCUUGUGGGAGAUUGUGAGAAGAUAGGAAACUGGAAUCCACACCAUGCUAUCAAAUUAACAAGAGUUUCAAGCAGUGGCGUGAAUAUUUGGAAAAAGACGAUCACUUUAUCAGAUGAUGCGAAGAAUUGUAGAUACCGUUACUUCGUUGCUAGAAUUGCAGAUUCUGAAAGCGAGGAUUCUGAGAGAACAGUGGAUGUUAUAAGAUGGGAAACAAACAUAAAACCAAGACUUUUCUCUCCAAGAGAUUACCUGAAAGAUCCUGCGAAGUACGAGAAUAAAAUAGACACAUUUGGAGAAUAUGGUCAGAAGAAGCAUGUAUCAUCAGGCUGGUUAAUUGACGAAACAGAGAUUCACCUGAGAUUACACAGUAACCCAAUAUAUAUGUGGAAAUCUCGACAUAGAACCCAGAAAUACAGCGUUAAAUGUACACCUUUAGAUCUUAGAUUUAGAGAUACAAUGGAAGGUGAUGAGGAAGAUGAUUACCAACCAGAUACAAUCCCAGCAGCGACUUAUACGAAAGUGCUUGUCUCUACAUUGAAAAAUGGCCAAGAGAAACCACAUAUACAAAACACGAAUGGAGAGCUGUACAAUCCUAAUGACUUCGUGAUAUUUUCAGCAAGAACAAUCGAUCCAGAAUAUUUAGGCUUUCAGUUUGAAUUCUUCGUACACUUACCUGACAAGGAUCCAAAACAUGUUGGAUAUAAUUACAUUUUACCAAUGGAAAUGAAGCAUACGAACGAUGUUAAGACUAUACCAAUAACAGGCCUUAAACAUAAACCUAUUGGACAAGUAAAAGUGGAUUAUCUUUUGAUAAAACCUCUGGUAGGUCUACCUAUGACAAUGGAGGUGUCAUAUCAGAAUUACUGGAAGUUUGAAAGAGCUGCACUAGAUAUAGGACACAAAGGAAUGGGCUCGUCACAUUCACAAACAAAAUCAGUAAGAGAAAAUACUAUUGCAUCUUUACAGUCAGCAGGUAGUCAUGGUGCUGACUUUGUUGAGUUUGACGUCAUGUUAAGUAAAGAUCUGAUACCAGUAAUUUAUCAUGAUUUUCACGUGUUUGCAACAUACAGAAAGAAAAGGCGAGAUGAACUUGAAAACUUCAGGGUAUCAGUGAAGGAUCUAACUCUUGCUGAGCUUCAGUCUAUGCAGUUAUCAUCUGUUCACGCUGCACAUGAGAAGGACGAUCGCGAGUCUGAUGAGAGAUAUGAAGACAAUGUUGAUCCAGUAGAAACACAUCCGUUUCCAACCUUGAAACAAUGUUUUGAAGAUGUUGAUGAGCAUGUAGGAUUUAAUGUGGAAGUUAAAUAUCCGAUGCUUAGGAUGAAUGGAAGUAUUGCAGAGUCCAGUUAUUUUGACAGAAACAAAUAUGUUGAUACAAUUUUGAAAUCAUUAUUUGAAAAUGCCAAGUCUCGACGAAUUGUUUUCUCAAGUUUUGAUCCUGAUACGUGUUCAAUACUACGAUCAAAACAGAAUAAAUACCCUGUGUUACUGCUCACCGUUGGACGCAUACGGAAUGACGAGGAGAGGGCAGAUCCUAGAUGUUUAAAUGUUCCAAUUGGCGUCAACUUUGUCAAUUUUGCAAAUAUAUUGGGCAUAAAUGUAAAUUCAAAAACAAUACUUGAUAGCCCUGAACUUAUCAAAGACGUAAAAAAAUCAGGACAAGUGUUGUUUUGUUGGGGAGAGGAAACAAAUGAUUCAAAUGUGAUCAACAAGUUAAGAGAAUUAGGUGUAGAUGGCAUUAUAUAUGACAGAUGGAUGGUACAUGAGGACGUAACAGAUUUGUGGAUCGUAAAUGACGAUAAAAUAAUUAUUGGGAUUGACCAAUUGAAAAGCACGAAAGAGAAUGUAUUCAAAUUGGAAAAAAGGUUGAAAGAAAAGGCUGUAGAUAAUGACGGUAGUUGAUAAAAAAAAAUUAUGUAGGAAGUGAAACAGCUUAUGAAGACCUAAAGGCGACAUAUAAUAAGGUCAUGCUUAUAUUUUGUAAAAAAAACCUAAUAUCCCACCAGUUUGCUUAUUGAAGAAUAUUUUCGACAAUUUUUUUUUUUCAUUGGAUUAAGGUCAAUGAAAAUUCUUUACUUGUUCAAAGUUUCGUUAAAGUAAAUUAAUCGUGUUAAGCUUACAAAGUCUAAUGUUUUACAUGCUGAUAGAUUUAUUCGAUGAAAAAUUUUGUUUAUGUUUUUUACAUUUAAGAAACCUAUUAAAUGUAGUUUUUUAUGAUACUUCAUUGAUUAAGUAAAAGAAGGGAAAACAACGGAUCAUCAGAUGGCAAUGAUUUCGGCAGUUGUAAAUGUAGAAAGUAUGGCCACGGAUAUAUGUCCAAAUGGCCGUAUUCAGAAUUUCUUGCUCCUUUCGUCGUUCAUCAUGUUCAUGAUUUAUCAACGGAUUUAUAUAUCAUAUGAACAACAUGACGUGUGCCAAUUGGGAAAAGGAACUGCUUACCAUUCCUCAAUACCUCAGCUGACCACUGGUCUUAGCGGGGUUUUUGUGCUAAAUUUUGUAGUCACGUGUACUGUUUGUUGACUCUUUUUUGGUUUUAACCAUGAUGGUCUCCCCUUCAAUUAUUGAUUUUUUUUCAUUAUCGUCCCAAGAUUUGUAUGUUAAGUUUAUAUUUUCUAUCUUAUCAUUUCCCUAAUUCUGUUUUAUAUCGAGAACAAUUUAUCUGUAAUUUGUGUGGUUGAACUCAACUAAAAGAUAGUAUCCAACAGUAGUCUAUCAAUGUGAAAUCUCGUUAAUAUACAAAUCUAGUGAAAACAAUCAUGGGAAUCACAUGAACCGAUAGACGGGAGACCAGAUGUAUGUACAAGGUAUAAGCGUCUCCUGUUUCUAUUCUUGAACCCCUUUUAUGAAAAUCCAGUCUGAAUCAAUAUGUUACUCUGUGAAAUAUCACACAUAUCAGACGACUGUCUGGUAUCUAAGACAGUAUAAGAUAAUCACCCAUUCUCGUGAACAGUCCAAUGACUUCAUCAUUAGGUUUGUAAAUACUGUGCAAAAUUUUGAGAAGCAAAUCUUUCAUUUAUUCAUUUUGGCAAUUUCAAAUUAUCAUGUAAUGUGCUGUGUUAAAAUAAAGUAUUGCAAAGAGUAGCAAUUCACAUCAAAAUAUCAAUUAACAACCUUGAAUAAGAUAGUUUAUGAUAAAUUUUAUCAAUAUUAAUAUAUCAAAAACAAUACUGUACUUUUGCUUUAUUCCUUAUAAUGUGGAUAUUUCGCUUGUUGUGUUGUUGUUUCAAUCUAAAAAAAAAAAGAUGCAUGUUUUGCAAAUUCAGUUAUCGGUUUACAUUAUGUUUUUGCAAUACUUCUUUCUUUCAAUAUUGUUUGGAUUUUAUACAUUGUAUGAUGAUAAUUUCUUGCAAGUGUGUGCUUUUAUUUUUAUUUUUACACAAUCUAAAUGGCAUAAUAAUGACUUUUAUCACGUAAUCAAGUAAUACAGUAUUUUGUUACGUGUAUAGUAAUGCAUUUGUAAAUCGCAAUAGCAUCGGUUUUAUAGCUUUUAUACAUUGUAAAGGUUUCUCUGACAGAAAAGUUCUACGCUAUUAGUAUUAUUAUUUAAAAAUUAUUCAUUAGGAGUUAUUUGUUUUUAAAAAUUCCAGAAUAAUAUUUUGAAUUUUUGUACUUUGAUACUACAUUGAAAUUUUCUGUAAAGUAUUUUAUAUUUGCAUGAUGAAUAUAGAAUAAGCAGAUAAAUAGCAUAUAAAUACUCAGAAUAUCUUUGUAAUGCAUGUUUUAGUGACACAUUUAGAAAUUGUCUGUUUUAUUUAAUAUGAAGGCUUAAUUUAAAUGGCGAAUCUCGUUUUAAACUUGAUAUUUUAGUCAAUCAGAUGUGUAUUUUAAUGUGGCAUCAUAUAUUUGAAAGAAGUGUGAAUAUACGUUAAAGUUUUAUAACUCCUAUAUCGUAUUAUAGUCAAAAGAAUUUUUCUUCAAAAUUGAUAUUUUAUCAAGCAAUUCAAUUGCAUGAUUUAAAGCCCUGAUAAAAAAGGACACAUAAUAUAAACCUCAACCGUCCAUCUGUUUUGAUUCAUCUCUGUUUAAUUUCUAUUGUUAUGUUCAUUUCUUUUCGGGGCAUAAAGUCAUUACUCUGACCGUCAGUCUGUUCGUCCAUGGGACGACAAACAUGCUUUCCAGAUAAAAUCUUUAGUUUCCAGUUCUUAAUUAAAACAAAAAUUAAGCGAAUAAAGAACAUCGAUAAGGGGUAAAAGUGUUUUAAAUGUUGGCUCAAAAGGUCAAAAUUCAAGGUAGAUUUACAAAACGUAGAUUUUGGGGCUAAAACUGUUUCCGGGUGAUAACUCCUUGUUUGGUUUUAAAUAAACCUUUGUAGUUGAAAGAUAUAGGGAAGGGAAAGAAUCAAAUUCAAGUUCAAAGAUCCAUGUCACAGCUACUCAAAAUAAACUGAAGAUAUAAAAAUGUAAGAUGUUGUUUAAUGUUUCAUGUGAUUACGUAAAGUACGUGUGAUGGAUUUAACUAAAACUUAUAUAAUAGUGAUACAAGUGUAUUAUCAUGUUAAGAAUUAUCCAACUCAGUCGUUGUGUAUGUGAAAAGUUGAUGUCAGAAAUUUAUUCAUAUAUAUUUUAUUUACAACAUUUUUAACAGAGGCUAAUGUAGAAUUGUCUUUUUAUACACAAAUUUUAUUACAUUAUUAUAUUUAA